AUCGAACUCUAAAAAGUCGAUGUCGCCGUCGCCAUUAUAAUUUUACAGAAAAAGGAACAUAGACGCUGUCAUGUCUCAAAUCAUCGAGCACAUCGUCCUUUUCAAGGUCAAAGACAAUGUCGACUCCGACAAGAUUGAAGCCAUGGCCAACGACCUCAAGAACCUCGGAACCAUCGACCAGACGCUUUACCUCUCCGCCGGUCCUAUCCAUCGUCUCAUAUCCCCCCUGGGCUUCACUCACGUCCUUCAUAGCCGGUACAAAUCCAAGGAAGAUCUCAACGCGUACGUGGCACAUCCUGUUCACCUUCGCGCUGUCGAGGAAUGGAUGCCUAUCUGGGAAGACGUCAUGGCCUUUGAUUAUAUCGCCGAUAUAGUCCCCGGGAGCCUAACACCACCUCCAAGAUCCGUUGGGAAGAUCACGUUACUCAAGGUGAAAGAGAACCUCUCGGACGAGGCGAAAACGGAGAUCAUGGAAGUGAUUAAGGAGAAGUCUGCAGGAGCUGAUCAGAUCACAGUGGGACUGGGACAAACCUUCUCUCCGGUUAAUGCAAAGGGUUUCUCGAUUGCAUCGGUUGCGUAUCUGAAGGGUCUGGGAGAAACUGAGGCUCUCCAGGACUUGGUGAAAGAAAAGGUUGGUGAUUAUGUCGAUGGUAUCAUUGUUGUCGAGUUCGUUGUACCUUUGUCCUCAUAAGUGUGUAAAAAAAAAAACGCUCAAGUUUCAAUUACUUGAAGCCUUUGUUA